AAUCCUGCAAAUAGCUAAUCCUACUAUUGUAUCUAUUGCACUAAAUUCGUUGCCAAAUGGAUAAUGGUACUGAAUAGAUUUUGCGCAGUAUAAAGAUUGACCUUAAGUGAGUGGUCCCCAAUGGUCCCAAGUCGGAAUUAAAUUUGUUAUACGUGAUUACCUCCCAGCUGAUCUACUAAACUACGAGCAACGAAAACCUACGCCUUAUUUUCCUGCUAUACUGCCCUUUGGCAACUCUUGUGCAGAAAGCGUCGUUUUAUUAUAAAAAUUAUAAAACCGGUGUAAAUCCUACACGUGCUUUCUUUGCGUAGACUUUUCCUAGAAAUGACAUCGACUGGAGCAAACGUUAAUCCAAACACGUUAACAGAAGAUGCUCAAGGAGAGCAGGUAAAUAUGUACAAAUUGCAGCAGCUAGAGGAAGAAGCGUUGAAGCUGAAAUAUCCGGGAACUGCUGAGAAUACUACUGCAUUCUUACACAAAUGCCUACAAAAAGGACAGAAAUUUUUUGAUUCUGGUGAUUACCAAAUGGCCAAGCAGAACUGCGGUGUGAUUAAUGGAGUAACCGUCGGGCAGGAGAUACCCACACCUGAAACGUUGUAUGCUAAUAAAAGCUUAAUUAAAACUCGGACUUCAAACUGA